UCUUGUCCAAUAGGAACGUUUUUUAUGGUUUCUGAUCAUCCAAUGUUGAGCUCACUUGUUCAUCUGCCACACCUUUUAUUUAGGAAAUAUUUCCUCGACUCCAUAUUCAUUUCGUGUUACGGCAGGGUGCUGUUUAGUUGUAAGACAAGUACAACUGUUUCAUAAGAGACCUGAUAUUCCGCUUCGUGCGACAAGAUGGCUACUCAAUGUGUGUCAAAAGUAGAACUCUCCAUCUCGUGCAGCAAUCUCCUCGACAAAGACGUUGGAUCCAAGUCAGACCCACUCUGCGUGCUGCUGCAGAGCAUUGGGGAUGACAAGUGGACCGAGUUGGACCGCACAGAGAAGGUAGAAAACUGCCAGGACCCCGAGUUCUCCAAGAAGCUGCUCCUGGACUACCACUUUGAGAAGGUGCAGAAGUUGAAGCUGGGUGUCUAUGACAUAGACAACAGGUCUGUCGAUCUGAAGGAUGAUGACUUCCUGGGGGGGGUUGAGUGCACACUGGGACAGAUUGUGUCCAGCAAGACAUUUACCAGACCUCUACAACUGAAGAAGGGGAAGCCUGCAGGCAAAGGCACCAUUACAAUUACUGCUGAGGAGAUAAAGGAUAACAGGGCCAUAGUGCUGGAGGUGGAGGCUAAAGGCCUGGAUAAGAAGGACUUGUUUGGGAAAUCUGAUCCAUUCCUAGAAUUCUUUAAGCAAGGAGAUGAUGGCAAGUGGCAGCUGGUUCACAGAACAGAGGUUGUCAAGAAUAAUCUGAGUCCGUCAUGGAAGAAAUUCACUGUGGCUCUGCAAACAUUCUGCAACUGUGACAUGAGCAAACCAAUCAAGGUCCACUGCUCUGAUUAUGAUAGUGAUGGCUCGCAUGACCUUAUCGGUGUUUUCCAAACUAAUGUGUCUGAGCUGCAGAAAGCUGCCCAUGGUUCGCCGGUGGAGUUUGACUGUGUCCAUCCAGAGAAGAAGAAGAAGAAGAAGAGUUACAAAAACUCUGGAGUAAUCAGUGUCAAGGGCUGCCAGAUUCAGGCACAGUACACAUUCCUGGACUAUGUCAUGGGAGGUUGCCAAAUAAAUUUUACGGUGGGCAUUGACUUCACUGGAUCAAACGGCGACCCUCGCUCUCCACAGUCCCUGCAUUACCUGAGUCCUGAUGGUCUGAACCAGUACCUGUCGGCCACAUGGUCAGUGGGCCUUGUGGUGCAGGACUAUGACACUGACAAACUCUUCCCUGCCUUUGGAUUUGGAGCUCAAGUUCCCCCAGACUUCAAGGUAUCCCAUGAAUUUGCACUGAACUUCAACCCAAGUAAUCCUUACUGUCAAGGGGUCCAGGGGAUUGUGGAGGCCUACCGCAUGGCCCUACCUCAGGUGAAGCUCUACGGUCCCACCAACUUCUCCCCCAUAAUCAACCACGUGGCAGGCAUCGCGUCAGGGGCGGCACAGCAGAACAACGCAUCGCAAUACUUUGUCCUGCUAAUCAUCACCGAUGGCGAGAUCACGGACCUGGACCAGACCCGUGACGCCAUCGUCAAGGCCUCACGGCUGCCCAUGUCCAUCAUCAUCAUCGGGGUGGGGGAAGCAGACUUCAAGGCCAUGGAGCUGCUAGAUGGAGACGACGGCGUACUCAAGUCCCUGAGUGGCGAGCCCGUGACCAGGGAUAUUGUGCAGUUUGUGCCUCUCAGACAGUUUGCCAAUGCCCCUAAGGAAGCCCUCGCCCAGAGUGUCUUGGCUGAAGUGCCCAAUCAACUUGUGUCCUACUUCAAGAUGCUGAAACUGGAUCCAGUCAACAUUCCUGCCCUCAAAGCUUAGUGGAGCAAGCAGAACUGCAGCACUUUGCAUUCCUAGCCACAUGAGGGAGACGGGUUAUGCCCACUGUUUGAUGUGAAAAUCCUGAAAUUAUUUCAUACUGUCAAUGCUCAUUUUGCCUUUUAAUGCCACUUAUGACAAUUCUGACCAUAUAUAAUUUUUUCCUACAUUCAUAGAUAUUUCUCAUUCUUUGCUGCUUCAGAUAUUCUUCUUUCAUUCCUCUGGAAGUAACAAGGAGUUCAAGAAGGGUGAUGUUAAAAAAUUGUGGAAAAGGAGAGCUUUAAAUAAAUCUAAAAUAAUAAUGCAGUUCAUGAAAUGCAGCUUCAAAACAUUUGAUGAAAUAAAGUAGGCUACUCGCGUAACAUAAAAAGUCUGAACUCCUCGAUCAGACCAAGAGCGUCAUUGGUACACCAAAACGCAUUGUUGCAGUGUGUUCUGUGUGGCGCAUACAUGGAUUUACCCAACGUAUGCAUUAAAUUGUAUUUGUAUACUUGACGGAAAUAGUAACAAAAGUUGAAUGUUGAACUUGUUGCACACAUCCAGAAACACAAUUGUAUUACGUAAUGAAAAAAGUUUGACCUCAGAAUUUAUUAUGCAGCAUUGACGCAAUGAUGCUGUAGGUCUGAUCAAGGCGUUACUGGUGGUACAUCUUCAAAAUAAUAAUAAUGGCCACAAAUGCUUAGAGCUUGCACUGCACGUUACAUGUUUCUAAAGGCUUCUGCAUGCUUUGGUUCGGCUGGCACCUAGCAGAAAUCGGCUAGGUGAACCGAACGAGUGUGCUUGCAUACUCCCUUAAAAAAAAGCAGCGAUAGUACUGUUUGUCCAACUUGAGACUCCAUAGCCAGUAUACACUUCCUCAAAAUAGUCUGAGAACUGAAGAAAUCUGUCUAAAUUUUUACAUUGUUGAAUGACCAAUGACUGACGAAGGGGCGUAGACUUCGGCUACCGAAAUUCAGCUUGCCUCAAAGUUUUUUUUGUGUACAAACAGACCAAAAAAACUUUCUGGAGACCAAAACAAUCAAAAAAACAUCAAUGUCGUCCUAAUAUAUGCACACACUAUGCCGAACUGUUUCGGAUGGGAAGCAUGCGGACGCCUUUUGUCUCGUGUGGCCAGCCUUUCAAAUCCCCUAUUGGAAGUCUGGCCAUCUUCAGAUUUGGAUUUUUGAGUUUGAAGUGGCUGCAUUCGUUUUGUAUCUUGUACAUGUUCACGUGUUGCAAGUCAGAAUGUUUUUUUUUUUUACAUCUCUUUGGAACUAUACCAAACUCCAAUUUAGAACCUCAGACUUUAACACAAUGUGUUUCUUAGCCGUAUUCGUCAGGCAGUGGCAUAGUGUGUAAGUGUGUUUGUAGCCUACUUUGUUUUUUUCUUAGGGGAUGCUUCACUUUAUUUUCAUUGCAAAGAUGCUUCCUCCGUUAUAGAGGUUAGGCAGGGUGAUCCUACGUUAUCAGUGCAAGCAACUUCAUUUCCUAUUUGUGUUUAUUACAUCUUGGCCAUUAUCACUCGGUAUUCCACCACUCAAACACUUGUGCAUGGUCUUUUGCACUGCUUAUUAACCUUUAUGCAAUGUAUGUCACAUUAUGAGAGCUGGUAUUAUACACCACCUUGCACUUAAUAUUCUUGAAAAGUGUAUAUGUCACAAAUGCCAAAAUGUAAACAUAACUGGAGACAGUCAUUUUUAGAGGCAUGACGCAAUAGGAUUGGUAGCUAGCUAACUCUAAAUCAAUCUAUAAAACUCUAGCGUGCUAACUUGAAACAAAACUGAUGUGGCUCCAGUAAUGUUCACAUUUUAACGUUUGUGAUGUAUCCAAUUUAGAAUGGUAUUCUCAUGCUGGAGAUUAAUUAGAAAUGUAUGCUCAAUCAUUUUAAUCUGCUGCAAUAGAAUAUAUGCUAUGGAUUGCUAAAGUUUUGUACCGAAGAUAAAUAAAAUGUGCCUUAGAGUAGUGCUGUAGAACUUCUCAAAUUGUUUACUACCCCCAUUUGAACACCAUAUUAUUAGGAAAUUGGUAUCGAUCCAGAUGUUAGAUGCUUUCGCCUAUUCCAUUUUCUCCCUAAAACAAUGGAAACUAAAAUUAUAGAUUUGAGAACGAUGUAAUGAUGGUAUGUAUUUUACAUUAUAGGGUCGUCCCACAUUAAUUAAAUCUAAAAGUGGCUGUGUUUGAGCAUACCCCUUUUGAUUAGAACAAAUGAAUCAUAUUUCUCUGAUUUAAAUUAUACCCUCCCUGUAAUCAAGUGUGCUGUGUCACAACCGAUGGUGGGGACAACAAACGCCACAGAUUUUUUAAAUAAGGUCUCCGCUACAAUAUUGUGAAAAUGAAAAACACUUGAGUUUGUGAGUUUAGAUAAUUGAUUAACUGUUUUUAAAGAAAUUAUUAAACAACCUUAUACUCUGAGACAGUGAGACGACCUAAUGAUGGCUCUUUUUCAAAGGGGUCUGCAAUUAUAAUUAAGACAAAUGUUCUAUUAUAUUUUUAUUUUAUCAUUUACGAAAAAGAGUUCUCUGUAUGCCAUGAAUCUGGUUUGCUUUAGUAAUGUGCUUUUGGGUGUAAUCUACACAUUUGAACAGAAUCUUCAUUUUCUUUGUUCUUGCCCCACAUUGUUUGGGUUACACAGGGCCAUGGGAUUGAUUUUGUGUUCGUUAUACAGCGAGACGGUGAUGGCAGCAUAUGUGCCAUGUAGAUUAGAAAAAAACACUUUCUAACUUUUAAUGCCAACCAGUUGUCAAUAAGUGUUUAUCUUAUGAGAUUUAACUCAAUUAAGGAGACAACACAUUAUAUAAAAAUGAAAUGUAAUUGUAACCAAGAGACCAUAACCUUAUGUAAGCCAUACCAACAUUCAGCCAAUUAUAUUUAGAAUGCUUUCGUUAUCACCCUUUCUGAAAUAUAGCUUUUUGCAUUAUCAAAUAAAUACCUAUUUCAAAAUGA